AUGGACUCAAAUAACAACCAUGGACGCAUUCCCGACUACCGCUUGCGCAUCAAGAGCCCGCAGCUAUGUGAUACCAGUGUCACACAGUACAGUGGGUAUAUGGACACCGAUGAGGACAAGCACUUUUACUUCUGGUUCUUCGAAGCGCGAAAUGUCCCCAGCGAUGAGGCACCUCUAAUUCUGUGGACCAACGGUGGACCUGGCUGCAGUUCCUUCACUGGUCUUCUGAUGGAGCACGGUCCGUGCCGUGUGAGCAAAGGUGGAAACAGCACCGAGUAUAAUCCUUAUGGAUGGAACGACCGCGCGAAUAUCAUCUUCAUUGACCAGCCGCUGAACACAGGAUUCUCGUAUGGAAAGAAGGUUGACAACUCGUAUGAUGCCGGAAAGGACGUCAACGUGUUCCUGCGCAUGUUCUACAAGAGUUUCCCGCAGUAUGCCAAUAGCGAGCUGCAUGUGUUUGGCGAGUCUUACGGCGGUCAUUACGUGCCAGCUAUUGGCAAAGCUAUCCACGAGGCUAAUCUGGAACUGGUCAAGAAGCGUGAAAUGAGCCUGCUUAGCAAAGCAGAGGCUGAGGUCGAUGUCCUUCCGCUUGUUUCAAUUGGUAUUGGUAACGGCUUGGUUGAUGUGUUGACUCAGCAUGCGUACUACGCCAAAAUGGCUUGCAACUCUACAUACCCACCCGUUCUUCCUCAAGAGACUUGCGACAAGAUGGAUGCUGCUGUUCCUACCUGCGACUUUUUGGUCAAGGCAUGCUACAAGUGGCAAACCCGCCUCGCGUGUAUCCCAGCCGAGUACUACUGCCUCAGUCGCAUCAUGGGUCCUUACAGCGAUGGCACGCACAACAACCCUUACGAUGUUCGCAAGAAGUGCGUGGGCGACAAUUUGUGCUAUGAAAUUGAGGACGAUAUCGACAGGUAUCUGAACAUUCCGGCUGUUCAGCAGGAGCUUGGUGUUGACGUGCCAAAGUUUGUCGGCUGCAACCAAAAGGUCAGCGAGGGGUUCCUUCUCAACGGCGAUUGGAUGAAGCCAUUGGCAUGGUCGCUCAAGCUCGACUGGUCCGGCAAGGACGGUUUCAACGGGGCCGACGAUACUGAGUGGAAUGUCGACAGCGAGCAGGCUGGUGAGGCCCGCACCUUCGAGAACUUCACAUUCCUGCGUGUGUUCGGCGCUGGACACAUGGUUCCCUACGACCAGCCCAAGAACUCGCUGGACAUGAUCAACCGCUGGCUCGACGGAAAGCCGUUCUAG